CACACAGCUGCACACGCUCCGCUCCAGAGACUACACAACCUCUCUGUGGGGAGAGAGCCGAGCUACCGCCCGCCGCCUGCGCCGCACACUGUCUACCGCACACUGUCUACCGCACACAGUCUACCGCACACAGUCUACUGCUCUGAAUUUAUACAUGACAGAGACGUGAGAGAGACGGAGUGAGAGACAGGGAGGUGUAGACAGAGACAGUGAGGAGGGGAAUAGGAUUACAGAAGGCGUGUUGUUGGCUGGCUCGGAGAGGCAGAUAAUCUAGGCUUGGCAGUGGGCUUGGCUUGGUUCAUCUCUGUCUUUCUUCCCCUCUCUCUCUCUCUCUUUCUCUCUCUCUCUCUCUCUCUCUCUCUCUCUGUCUGUCUGUCUGAGGGCAGCAGUCGUCGUCGUUGGUUCCUCUGGGGGUCUGCCAUGGUUGUCUGGAGAGCCGACGGUGGUUGGGGUACGGCGAGAGGAUCAUGAAUUUGGAUGGGGAGUUUUGAAGAGUUUCUGCUGAGAAAGCCCAACUAUUACACUCAGAGAAGGAGGCGUGGCUUUGAACCCGAGGUGGUGCCACACCCAACCCAGCUGAUUCCAGAUGGAAGUGGAUGCGGUUGAGAAGCGCCAUCGAACGCGUUCCAAAGGGGUCCGAGUUCCAGUGGAGACGGCAGCACAGGAAUUAUUCAGCUGUCCUACUCCAGGCUGUGAUGGAAGCGGACAUGUCAGCGGCAAAUACGCCAGACACCGAAGUGUCUAUGGUUGCCCCCUGGCCAAAAAGAGGAAGACCCAGGAGAAACAGCCUCUGGAGCCUGCCCCCAAGAGGAGGCCCUUCUUAACCCCUCCCAACCCAGAGGAGGACACUGUUGCCAUCUUCCCCUGCUAUGAACCUGAACCCAUGGAUGAGAGGGAGGAGAAGGAGCAGGGGGAGUUAGAGGGGGAGAUCCAGGAGGAAGGGGAAGAGGAGGAAGGUGAGGGAGAGGAAGAGGGAGAAGAGAUGGAGGAGGAGGAAGGAUUUUCGGAGGAUAACGAGGAGCAAGGUGAUGAGGAAGGGGAAGAGGAGGAAGAGGAGGAAGAGGUGGAGAGGGAGAGAGCGGUAGUAGGGCCAGUAGAGGUAGAACAGGUGGAGGAUGGGAUAGAGGAAGACGAGGAAGCAGAGGAUGGGGAUGAUGAAGAGCAAGAAGAAGAGGAGGAGCAAGAGGAGGAGGAGGAUGAGGGUGAUGAAGAUGAACAUGAGGAAGAAGAGGAGGAAGAAAUGCACCAUGAGCCAGUAAGGGCUGAAAGGUCUAUCCUUCCUUUCAUGACCACAGGGAACCGCUACAAAAAUAGUGGACAAUCAAGGCAUCACUCGAUGGGACAGAAGGACAACAACAACAACAACAGCGGCCCCGGUCCAAACAUCGGCCCUAACGGGGAAGAGUAUGAAAACUACGAUGAGCUGGUGGCCAAGUCCCUUCUCAACCUGGGGAAGAUAGCAGAGGACGCUGCCUACCAGGCCAUGACCGAGUCAGAGAUGAACAGCAACUCCUCCAACAGUGCCGGCGAGGACGAUGAUGAUGAUGAGGAAGAGGCUAGCGAGCGCGGCGGGAGCAGGAAGGGCGAGUUGAGCGUGGACCUGGACAGUGACGUGGUCAGGGAGACAGUGGAUUCACUCAAGCUGUUGGCGCAGGGCCACGGUGCCAUGCUGCCUGAAGACGGCUGCCUAGAAGGGGUGGAUGACGGCGAGCAUCCAAACGGCCGGUCCCACCAUCAUGGGGUCAGGGGUCAGGCUGAGGAGAGCGAAGAGGAGGUGUGUCUCAACAGCCUGGAGUGUCUGAGGAACCAGUGCUUUGACCUGGCCCGCAAGCUAAACGAGACGUCUCCAUCUGACCGCCCUGGACACCCGGGCCUGCACCACUACCAGGCACAUCAGAACCACCACACUCACCAGCCCCACCACCACCUACUGCACCAAACCGACCACCAGCACCAUCAGGCUCAGCACCAGCCUCAGGACCACCACCACUUGCCCAGGUACGAGAGCUGCCAGCAGGGCCAGCAGCCAGACGAGCGUGGGUCCCUGGAGCGCAACUACUCAGACAUGGUCAACCUGAUGAAGCUGGAGGAGCAGUUGAGCCCGGCCUCAAGGACGGGCUACUCGGCCAGCUGCCACCAGGACGGGGAUGAGGACACCACAUCGGUGGCCUCGGAUCGCUCAGAAGAGGCCUUCGACAUGACAAAAGGCAACCUGUCCCUGCUGGAGAAGGCCAUUGCUAUGGAGUCGGAGCGAGCCAAGGUCAUGAGGGACCGCAUGGCCUUGGAGGGACAUCAUGCGGUGGUCCGGAGGGACAAUCAUAAUCACCACCAUCGCGGCGAGCACAGCCCCCGACAGAGCAGCGGGGCUGAGGAGCGCAAGUCCAGAAUGCACCACGACGGGUCAAAGAGAGCAUACUACCCUAAAGAUUCCUCAAGGGGGGACAAGAAGGAGAGUAAGUGUCCAACCCCGGGCUGUGAUGGGACAGGCCACGUCACGGGUCUCUACCCCCACCACAGGAGCCUGUCAGGCUGCCCCCACAAGGACAGGGUGCCACCAGAAAUUCUUGCAAUGUAUGAAAAUGUUCUAAAGUGCCCUACUCCUGGCUGCUCGGGGCGUGGCCAUGUCAAUAGCAACAGGAACUCCCACCGCAGUCUCUCGGGGUGCCCCAUCGCCGCUGCAGAGAAGAUGGUUAAAGUCCAGGAGAAGCACAUCCCAUGUGACGGGGGCCCCAAGUCCAGCCAGGCUUCAGAUCGUGUGCUGAGGCCAAUGUGCUUUGUGAAACAGCUGGAGAUCCCACAGUACGGUUACAAAAAUAACGUGUCCACCAGCACGCCGCGCUCCAACCUGGCCAAGGAGCUGGAGAAGUACUCCAAGACCAGCUUCGACUACGGCCAAGGCUACGACAGCCAGCACCACGUCUACAGCAGGGGGAAGACAGGCCAGGCCCCCAAGGCCCACGGACGGGACACGGACACCUCACCCAAGGGAUAUGAUGCCAAGCACUACUGUAAGAGCCCAGCCAGCAGCACGACUAGCAGCUAUGCUCCCAGCAGCACGACGAGCAGAUACGCUCCCAGCAGCACGACGAGCAGAUACGCUCCCAGCAGCAGCAGUCUGAGCUGCGGAGGGGGAGGAGGAGGGGGCGGCAGCAGCGCCAGCAGCACCUGCAGUAAGAGCAGCUUUGACUACACACAGGAUACAGAGGCUGCUCACAUGGCCGCCACGGCCAUCCUCAACCUGUCCACGCGCUGCAGGGAAAUGCCCCAUGGCCUGGGAGGCAAGCCCCAGGAUCUCCUCUCCCAGAGUCCUGAUGGUGACAUGGAUGACAGCAAUACUCUUGACCUGAGUGUGAGCCGGGGGCAGCCGGGGGGUCCGGAGGGGAGUGGCACGGUGCUGACCCCCCUGCAGCCCAUGUCCACACAGCGCCAGGCCCUGCUCAACAGCAGCCGCUGCUACCAGAUGAGUGAGGCCGACUGCUGGGACCUGCCCGUGGACUACACCAAGAUCAAGCGCAUCACCGACGACGAUCACAAAGAGUCUUCUUUUCUUUCAUCCCUCCACCAGGAGGAGGACCUGGACCCGUUCCAAGACCUUCUAGACGAGCAUCACUACGGAGGGGACGUGACCAUGCCCAGCCCAAAACACAAGUACGCCCCCUGCAAGGAGGGCAAGGAGGAGCUCAUCACUCUCUCCAGCUACCAGCUAGCUGACAAAAGCAUCUGCAGUAUGAUGAUGACCAAUGCGCAAGACCUCAAGUGUCCCACUCCAGGAUGUGACGGGUCUGGACACAUCACUGGGAACUACGCCUCGCACAGGAGACCUUUCCCCUCUAGUCUGUCAGGCUGUCCACGGGCCAAGAAGAGUGGGAUCAAGAUACUGCACAGCAAGGAGGACAAGGACGACCAGGAGCCAAUCAGGUGUCCCGUCCCAGGCUGCGACGGACAGGGUCAUGUGACGGGGAAGUAUGCGUCCCACCGCAGUGCGUCAGGCUGCCCCCUGGCGGCCAAACGGCAGAAGGACGGCUACGUUAACGGCUCCCAGUUUGCCUGGAAGUCCGGAAAGACAGAUGGCAUGUCGUGCCCAACCCCGGGCUGCGAUGGAUCGGGACAUGUCAGUGGGAGCUUCCUGACACAUCGGAGUCUCUCCGGCUGUCCCCGUGCCACCUCAGCCAUGAAGAAAGCCAGAAUGACAGGAGUUGAAAUGUUGACAAUCAAGCAACGGGCAAGCAAAGGAAUAGAAAAAGAUGAGGAAAUCAAACAGCUGGAUGAAGAAAUCAAAGAUCUAAACGAAUCGAACAAUCAAGUGGAAUCAGACAUGAUUAAACUUAGGACACAAAUCACCACUAUGGAGACUAACCUGAAGUCCAUAGAGGACGAGAACAAAGUGAUUGAGCAGCAGAAUGACUCCCUACUGCACGAGCUAGCCAACCUCAGCCACUCUCUCAUCAACAGCUUAGCUAAUAUCCAGCUCCCACAUAUGAAACCGAUGCCACAGAAAGAGGCCCCAGUUAAACAUAGCUGCUGUUUACAGAUGCCCCACAGAGAGCCAAUGAAUGAACAAAACUUUGACACGUAUGUGAGUACUUUGACAGACAUGUACACCCAUCAGGACCAAUACCAGAGUCCAGAGAACAAGGAACUAUUGGAGAACAUCAAACAAGCGGUGCAAGGCAUCCAAGUGUAGUAGCCUAUCUUCUGGCCAAAAGGCCCAGUCUGAGGCCAAAUCAAAUGAUGUUAAAGCAACAAAUAAAGGUCAAAAGAGAAUGGAUUAUGAUUGUUGCUGCUGUAAUUUACCGUAGUAUUUAUUUUAUUCAUUAUGCUGUAAUGCUCUGAGCUCCAUUGUAAUGGGUUUUCUGCCUUGCUUUAAAAAUAGUUCCCAAUGGCAAAAGUUUCAAAGAACAUUCACGUUUUGUACAUUUUCAUAUGACCUAAUAUAAUGUGAUGUACUGUUUAUAGCUGCUAAUGUAUGCACAUUUUAGUGUAUAUGUAUUUAUUAAUUGUAAGCUUGUAUCAUUCAUUAUUUUAACGAUAUUGAUAAAAAGGACAAAACUGAGUGCCACGGGUAGGGUGCCAGAUGAGGGCAAUGUGAAGACCAAUCAGAACUGAGUGCCACGGGUGGGGAGCCAGAUGAGGGCAAUGUGAGGACCAAUCAGAACUGAGUGCCACGGGUGAGGAGCCAGAUGAGGGCAAUGUGAGGACCAAUCAGAACUGAGUGCCACGGGUGGGGAGCCAGAUGAGGACAAUGUGAGGACCAAUCAUUUUUAGAUAAGCUUUUCUCUAAGUAUGUCAUAGAAAACAAAAAUGACCUUUGGUGUGAAGAUUGUUUAAUGGAUGUAAAUGUAUUGAUUUUUGUAACAAUGUUUGAAAAACUCUUUGUCUUCAGUGGUCUGUGUGAACACUAAUAAUAAUGUCUGUGUUUAAAUCAAGUUUAAGAAGAAACCAUGUAUAAAUAUGACACAUUUUAAACAUCAUGACACGGAAACUGCUAACUGGUCCAACUCCCAUAACCUAGAAUGACACUUCAUUUACUUAGAAAUAAAACGUCUUAGUAAUCUGUGUUGUUAAAAACACACAGUUAGAUGUCCAACUCCCAUAACCUAGAAUGACUAUACUUCAUUUAGUUGGAAAUAAAACGUCUUAGUAAUCUGUGUUGUUAAAAACACACAGCGAGAUGUCCAACUCCCAUAACCUAGAAUGACUAUACUUCAUUUAGUUGGAAAUAAAACGUCUUAGUAAUCUGUGUUGUUAAAAACACACAGCGAGAUGUCCAACUCCCAUAACCUAAAACGACUAUACUUCCAUUUACUUAGAAAUAAAAAGUCUUAGUAAUCUGUGUUGUUAAAAACACAGAGCGAGAUGUCCAACGAACAAUGGCUAUGGAAAAUAUAAAGGAGACAAUCUAGCAUUACUAAUUUAUUUGAAUUCUAUUGAAUACUUAGUAGGACCACUUAUCAGCAAUAUUGGUAUAACAAUGAUUACAUCACUUGUUUAGAUAUGGGAUGCAAUCGAUAUAGAAAAAGUUUGGGUAUAUGCAAUUUCUUAUAAAUGAAAUUAUAGCUGAUAAAACUCUUUUUACUAACAAUGUAAAUGUAUUAAGUUUUGUAUAAAUCUUUUAAUACAAUCAUGUUUUAGAAAUUCAACGUGGGGAGAUCAGUUCCAAAAUGAACGAUGGAUGAGUUAAUGAGUUUCGUUCUUUUCAUGUUACAUUUUGCACAGGGACACCUUUGUUUCCAUGUUUUGAUGUUUUGAUUGAAACUUAAAGAGGUACUUGAAAGCUCAAAUUGAUGGUCAGAGGUUUUGUAGAAAAGUUAUCUUUACAAUGGCUGAUUGAUGCGCUCGACUUACAGGGUCAACGUCCUUCAUUAAUCAUAGUAUAUUAUUGCACUUGUUCAGUUGAAAUGUCUUUGCGAUCAUGCAUCUAUGUGUCUGAGCCACAACACAUUACAUGAGAUAAAGACUGCUCUUUGAUUCAGUCCUAAAAGUGGAUAUAUUGGUAAAAAAAAACAUGUUAUUGAUAUGCAUUAUAACAGCAAAGAAUGCUAACCAACAACAGUGACAUUGGUAAUAGUGGUCUAUGAUUGUUUCUAUGAUUGAUGACAAUUUCAUGAGUAAAUUGCAAUCACUUUCUAGGAGACACCCUUAAUAAAUGUAUUCAUAGUACUUAAAGGCCCAAUGCAGUCAAAAACAUGAUUUUUCUGUGUUUCAUAUAUAUUUCCGCACAUUGAGUUUGGAAUAAUACUGUGAAAUUGUGAAAAUUAUGUUAAUGCGCUUUUCGUGUAAGAGCUGUUUUAAAAGACUGCCUGAAAUUUCUGCCUGUUUUGGUGGGAUGGAGUUUUGGCUGUAAAUUAGUUAAAAGACUAAUAAGAAAGCGAGUUCCAAAUCUCUGCCAAUAACAGCUAGUUUUCAGUUUUCCCUUCCCCACUCAGAUCACUCCCAGACAGUCCAAGAAAAAGUAUUGCUUGAGAAAUUGCUUUUUGCUGAGAAGCUAUUUUUGUUUAUUUUUGACCAUUUUAAUUGAAAACAAUCACAGUAACCUACUUGUUUCCCAGAAAGGAUUUGAUAUUGAGAUAAAAACAGCUGAACUGGACCUUUAAAAACACCAUUAUAAUGCAAUGUAAGUGUCAAUGUCAGCCCCCUAUAAUGCCGUUAUCUUUUAAACAUCAGCCAACUGCAGUAUUCUACCCUUACAUAGUAAGUACUUAUUACUAAUUAAAUUUCCUAUACAAAUUGGCAUAACCAUGCGACUUGCACUUGCUGAAGAUGACUCUACUAAUGGAUUAUAAAUGUGUUCUUAAUACAGUUUAUCGUGCAUGCACUUCAUGCGAGUAUGAAUAUGGGUAAAUAGAGAGAAUGAUUCACGUAAGACAUAUGUGGAAGUAAGUUUGUGUGUGGAGUCAACGAGACAGAGCUCCGUGAGUCAAGUUCACUUCAGACAACCCUUUUUGAUAGUCAACCUGAGGGUGCUAUAGUCAUUGACCUGAUCUCACAGGUGGAAUGUGGACUUCUACUAGACUAGAGGUCCACAUUCCAUUUGACUCCUCAUGUCCGUGUCUAAAGCUUUGUGUCAGCAGCUUAUUGCCAAUAUAGCAAAGCUUUAGACAGAUCGACAGCUUCUACUAUUUUUCUUUAGUCAAUUAUUCUUACUGAUACAAAGGAAAUGGGAAUUUUAAGCACAAAUCUGCUGCUCACCAACAGUCAGUUCAUAUUGUAAUAUCAAAUGUUAAAGUUUAUCUGUAAUUAUUUACAUACAGAACACUAACAUGUCACAUGCUAGAAUGCAGAAUAAUUUUCGUAUUAAUAUUUGGGAAUUCAUGAAUUUAUUAAACUGCUACAAUUAUAAUUUAUUUUGAGUAAUGCUUUGAUGAAAAUGAUUUUAUACUAAAUGUAUUUCCUUCUCUCCUUUCCCCUGCCCCCUCUUGCAAACUUUCCAACUUAAUUUUGGUACCACAUGGCAUGAUUUUUGUUGAUCUAUCAUUUUUGUUGUAUAUGUUUAAAAUCACAAGUUGCUAUGAUAUUUCAUUUGAAAUUGUGACGUUUGUACGAUUUUUAUCAUGCUGGUGUUAACAUCUCUUACUCUGAAUAAAACGUGUGUUGCAACACUAA